GUGACGGAGUGGUACGAAAGCCUCCUCCUCCUCCUCCUCCUCCACUUCCUCCUGUGUUUACUCUCUGUGAGCACACACAGAACACAGUACACUCAGUGUGAUUCAGAAGUCGUACCAUGAAGAGACACAGCUAGCCUCGGCACCACUUCGCUCUCCAGAAGGACAAGGCCAGCGUCAAGAUGGAAUACAAGUAUGACCCGGGACUGGAACUGCUGCUGGCUCACAUGAACGUAGAGGACAUCAUCAACGCUGCUGAGACUCUGUACCGGCUGGAGGAGGAAGAGGAGGGAGAGGGGGGGCUGUCAUUCGAAGAAGAAGAGGAGGAAGGUCUCUCCCAGGAGGACAUGGACGAGAACGAGGAGGCGGGGGACACGGUGGGGUUCGGGGGCGAGGAGAAGGACUACGAGGCCGGGGGGGUUCGGUACGGGACGGUGACGGAGCUCCUGUCCUUCGUUAACCUGCUGUCCAGCCUGCAGACGGCGGCGCUGCAGCACCGGGCCCAGGAGAUGGGAGUCCUGCUCAACAAGACGUUCAUGGCUGUGAAGAAGGGCCGCUACCAGAUCAGCUCGGACGUGCUCCUGUUUCCGUGGAAGCUGACCUACAAGAACCCCGGCUCCGGCCUCGUGCCCAAAGGCUCGUUUGGGAAAGUCCACCUGGCCCAGGACACCAGCACCAGGAAGAGAAUGGCCUGCAAGCUGAUCCCCCUGGAGAACUUCAAGGCGGCCGACGUGGAGUUCCAGGCCCGCUUCCGCCACGAGAACAUCGCCGAGCUGUACGGCGCGCUGCUCUGGGACCAGAACGUCCACCUGUUCAUGGAGGCCGGCGAGGGCGGCUCCGUCCUGGAGAAGCUGGACAGCUGCGGCCCCAUGAGGGAGUUCGAGAUCAUCUGGGUGACCAAGCAGGUCCUGCGCGCCCUGGAGUACCUGCACUCGCACAGCGUCAUCCACCACGACGUCAAACCCAGUAACAUCGUCCUGAUGUCGGACAAGGCGGUGCUGGUGGACUUCGGCCUGACGGUGCAGAUGACGGAGGACGUUUACAUUCCCAGAGACCUGCGAGGAACCGAGAUGUACAUGAGCCCGGAGCUGGUCCUGUGUCGGGGUCACAACACCAAGACGGACAUCUACAGCCUGGGCACCACCAUCAUCCACAUGCAGACCGGCAGCCCGCCCUGGGUCCGGAGAUACCCCCGCACCGCCUACCCGUCCUACCUCUACAUAAUCUACAAGCAGGCGCCGCCCCUGGAGGACGUGGCGGAGGACUGCAGCCCGGCCAUGCGCUCCUUCCUGGAGCGGGCCCUGGACAGGAACCCGGCGCUGAGGGGCUCGGCGUCCGAGCUGCUGAAGGACGAGGCCGUCAACCCGUCCAGGGACGAGCAGCCGCGCUGCUGGAGCCUGGACUCCGCCCUGGAGGAGGCCAACCACACCCUGCUGCGCCAGCAGAGCCUCCACCCCGACACCACCCAGGAAUCCUCGCUGUACUCUGAGGACUCGGGCCACCUGAGGAGGAAGGGCUCGCUCUACCUUGACCUCGGGGCCCUGUCGGGUCACUGCAAGCUGGUGGCGGGACCUCCGGCCUCCGAGUACGGCUAACGCCGUCCCACGCCGCCAGGCCGGCGGGACCCGUUCACCACGCCCAGGCUGCCGGGCGCCGGCGGGACCCGUUCACCACGCCCAGGCUGCCGGGCGCCGGCGGGACCCGUUCACCACGCCCAGGCUGCCGGGCGCCGGCGGGACCCGUUCACCACGCCCAGGCUGCCGGGCGCCGGCGGGACUUCGGAGGACGUUUUGUUUGCAGACGUGACGAGUUGAGUCACGUCAGCCCAGAGAGCUGAGGAGUGGAGGUUUAGUUUUUCUGCAGACUCUAAGCUCUUCCUGAACGCUGCUGGACGGCGGUUCAGAAACAGAAGCUCCGUUUGCUCCGCAGGCCGAAGCCUGGCUGCGUCUCGGGCGUCGGUUCUCAGAGGAGCUGGAAACACACAUGAACAAACAGAUGAAGAACACACUGUGGUGUGGUGGAGACGGGCCGGAGCGUCGCUCCUCCUCCCGUCUCUGAAACGUUCCUACUUUACUCCAGGUACUGCAGCGUUCUGAAUGUUCGUUUCUCCUGGAAGCUGUCGAAUCGCUGAAUGUAUUCAUGCAUGUGAGCAUCUGCACACAUCGGUACGUCGUCCUCUGUGGACGUCCUCCUGUUGAUUCCUGUGGAAUAAUAACAAUAAUAAUAGUAAUAAUAAUGAUCAGAGCUGCCCUGGGCGAUGCAGCCAGUGUCCGUGGGACGCCCCUGGUUCGAGUACAUCCAGUGAGAUGGUCUGCUGCCUCCGUCACCUGGAGCGGAGUCACUGUGUCAGUGUGGAAUAAAACAUGCAAAUGUCCAGGCGUCUGUGUGUGUGU